AUGUUUGGAAUGAAAAAUUCAGAUCCUCCUGAUCCUAAUCGUGAAAGCUUGUAUGAAGAUGAUUUUGAUGGUGAACCUGGCGCAGUUAGAAGAGGAAGAAGAGCUGUGCAUCGGGAAAUUUCUCCCUAUUCUGGGGAUAAACUUCCGAGAUUGAUGGAAAAAAUUGAAGAUAAGAUCAAGCGCAAUCAGGCUGAGAAGAAAUUCCUGGAUUCGAAAUCUCCUAUUGAAGGAUUGAAGUGUGGUUUAAGACCUGGAGUCCAUGAAGUAAUCAGAUAUGGUUAUGGCAAGGAGAAUGUCGAUCCAAAUUUCAUCAAAUCGGAGCUUCAAGCUUUUGAUAAAGCGAUGGAUGAUGUGAAAAAUUUGGAAUCGUUGAUGGCUUUUCAGGAUAAUGGAAAACCAAAAACGAUUAAUGAACUGGUUGAGGAGAAGGGAUUUGUCCUGCUCCAAGUUACUUCUGAUAUGGUCAAGGGAUUCAAUUCUUCGCAGGAUAAGGCUAGCAUUUCUCAUCCUUCGUCCCCUGUUCCUGUGAGUGAUGCGAUCAAUGACAAGGGUAUUUUGGGUAAGUCUCCUGUUAUUCAAAAUACUUCUAUGAAAUCAGUUGCUCCUUCUGUUACUGUUGCUAGUCCUGAGAAAUUGUCGAAGCCUUCCAUAAGUAGUAAUGAUGAAGUUAUGAAAGACUUAUUGAAUGAGUAUAAGAAUUUGGGAGGUGAUUUUGAAAAUAAUUUGAAGAUAGAGCAGGGGGUUAACUUUUUGAAUCUGAAAUGGGAUAAGGAAAUGAUGAAUAUGGAUGAUUUUUCUAAGCUAAAAAUUUCUCAAGCAGCUAAAAUGGCUUCCACACUAUUGGGGCUAAGCUCUUAA